AUGUUUAAACUUUUCUCCCGAUCCUGCGUUAACACUCAUUUGAAAUCCGCCUUAUAUACAGAUUUCGACGACGGUGGAAUAGCAAUCGUUGAGAUGUUGUUUCGAUGUAAUUAUCUUGCUCUUGUAGGCGGUGGAAAGAAUCCAAAAUAUCCACCGAACAAAGUUAUUAUAUGGGACGACUUGAAAAACAAAGGGAUUGUAGAAUUAGAAUUCAGAAGCGAAGUAAAGAAUGUAAAGUUGCGAAGGGAUAAUGAAGAUCCGGUGAAACUUCAUACGUUUGAGACGAUAGACAAUGAAAAAGGGUUGGUUGCUCUUUCGUCGUCACCAAACCACGCCAUAUUGGCGUUCCCGGGUCGACAAAAAGGUCACAUCCAAAUCGUAGACCUCAAUGCCUCUCAUGCUACCACCGCUAUAACAAGUCUCAAUGAACAGCAACAAUAUUUUAAUAAAAGACUAACACACAUGGGAAAGUUGAGUUGUCUUUCCGUGAAUGCUGAUGGUAGUAAAUGUGCAAGUGCUAGUGAAAAAGGCACGCUAAUAAGAGUGUUUGAUACUUCUUCUGGAAAGUUAUUGAACGAACUACGACGUGGUGUAGAUCGCGCAGAAAUUUAUAGGUUUUUAUUGGGCCAAUCAACUUAG